UCCUAGUUUGGUUCUGCGCAGGCGCAGACGGUCGCGUUUCCCAGGGUGCCUCGCGCCGCACAGUAGAGGGAGAGCGAGCGCUUCGGGAGGGAGGUAGGCCUCAGGCCUAUCUCUCCCGGCGCCACCCGCCUGACGCGCCCGCCUGGCUGCCUGGCUCGCUGCCUCCCUCCUCCUGCGGCGGAAGAUGCGGGGCGAGGCCGGAGAGUGAGGCCCGGAAGGAGGCAGGCAGGCAGGGAGGGAAGGGGCCCCUCGCUCGCCCGCCGCCGCCGCCCCCCCCUCUCCUCUCCUCCCGGCGCAGGGAGGCAAUGACAGCGGCUCCGGGACCCUCCUCCCCGCAGCAGAUCAGGGACCGGCUCCUCCAGGCCAUCGACCCCAACAGCAACAUACGGAACAUGGUUGCAGUCCUGGAAGUGAUCUCCAGCUUGGAGAGAUACCCCAUCACCAAAGAGGCCCUCGAGGAAACGCGGCUGGGGAGGCUCAUCAAUGACGUCAGGAAGAAAACGGAAAAUGAGGAGCUCGCCAAGCGUGCCAAGAAACUCCUGCGGAACUGGCAGAAGCUGAUUGAGCCGGUCGCCCAGAACGAGGCCACUUUGAGGGGGCUGCCAAACCCCCCCGGGUCAGCCAAUGGGGGUGCUCACAACUGCCGCGUGGAAACACCCCCCGGGGCCACUGCCAUCGGGGCCGUAUCCAAGCCUGUCCAGGACGCGAAGAGCCGGAAUGACGUCCAGAAACCGCACUCUCCGAAGCCAGGGAACCGGAAGCGGAAAGGGGGUGGCGAGCCCAGGGAUGGCCUCCAGGGCCCCCCUGCCUCCUCGCUGCUGAAAACCGCCAAAGCUAGCUAUGAGGCACUGCAGAACCCCUCCCCACCUCCCACGAAUGGGAUUGGGGGUAGCCCGGAGAGUUUCCCCAGCCCUCCGGAUGCCGGCUUCCCUCUGGAGGCUGAAGGUGGUCGGGUCGAGACUGGGGAAAACGAGAAGCCCAGCGGCAAGAUCCCCAUCAACGCAGUCCGGCCGCAUACCAGCUCCCCAGUGGGACUCUUCAAGCCUUCUGGGCUGCCCUCGUUGCUCAAGACGGCGGUCCUGCCACUGCCGGUGCCACAGUAUGAGAAAGCGGAGGAAGCAGCAGUAGCAUCGGGUGGUCAACCCAGAAGUCCCCGCUGCUCCUCCUUCAGCCCCCGAAGCAUCUGCUUGGAAACGUUUGCUCGGCAGCACGCCACUUUCUCUUCCAAGGGCUUGGAGCCUUCUCUGAGGGCCUCUUCCCUGAAUGCAGCAGCAGAGAGCCCCACGUCUUCCCAUUCGCCAGCCGCCAAGAGGCUGGCAUCGCCUCUUCAAGAGGCCACGCCUGAAACCCAGCCCUUUCUGCUGGGGGCAGGGGCCUCACCCAGUGGGGCAGGGGCCUCCCACUUUUCGGAGUCCUUCUUGCCAGGCGCCCCGAGGGGGGACUGCAGUGAUGGCACUGCUUCUGGUUCCGAUGGGAAGAAGAAGAAGAAGUGCCGGCCUAAGGACUACAUGGCCCAAGGACUGGAUGGGCAGGGGCUGGAGGGGGGCGGGAGCGGUGGGGGGGUGAAGCCCGUGCGAUUAAAAAAGGAGCGGCGGCUGACAUUUGACCCCAUGACAGGCGAGAUCAAGCCCUUGGCCCAAAGGGAUUCUCUGCCGGCAGCGGCACCAAUAGGGGACCUCCCUGCCUUUGCCGAGCAGCUGCCCUUGCCGCCUGUGUUGUCGCCGCCAUUGCCGCCGCCAUCAUCUUCAUCAUCACAGCGGACAGGCACGGAGGCAAAGAGCCUCCCGCUGCACAGCCCUUUUGAACAGACCAACUGGAAGGAGCUGUCCCGCAAUGAGAUAAUUCAGUCCUAUCUGACCCGCCAGAGCAGCUUGCUCUCCUCCUCUGGGGCGCAGACGCCAGGCGCCCAUUACUUCAUGUCAGAGUACCUGAAGCAGGAGGAGAGCACCCGGCGGGAGGCCCGCAAGACCCACGUCCUGGCCCCGCACGGCAAGGGCCCCUUGGACUUGCCUGGGGUCACGCGGGAGCUCACGCCUGGCGAUACGGAGCGCAUUGGCGGGCGGCGCUGGCCCGGCGUAAAUGGCUGCUAUGACACACAGGGUAACUGGUAUGAUUGGACGCAGUGCAUAUCGCUGGACCCACAUGGUGACGAUGGGCGCCUCAACAUCCUGCCUUACGUCUGCCUUGACUGACCACCGUUUUUUGCCGGAGGCUUCUUCUUGUUUUAUUUCUUUUCUUUUUUUACACUGGCAGUUAAGUGAAGCAGGAGCCACUUCCAGCUCUCUGUCCUCGCCCCAAAUUCACAUUGGAGGCGGAGGAGUAGGUGCAAAACCAGCCAGGAAAGGUAUGAAAGAGAGCGAGCUGGACAUUGGGCAGUUUCUUCUCCCCCAUUUAGAAAAAAGUCCUCUUUUUGUUUUCAUUUUGAAGUGCUGCUACCAGUUUACUAACAAAAGGGAGGCGUUAAAAGUUCAAGAAACAAAGGAAGUUGUGGUCUCCCAACGGCAACAACCCUGAGCAAAUCUGGCUGUUAACAAAAAAAAAAGGUGUUUUUAUGUUAUCAAAAGGUGGGAAGCUUUUCCAGUGAUUUGUGAAGGAGAGCAAGGCAGGCUUCGGGCGGGAGACAGCAGGACAUUUAAACACAGGAGUAGUUGAGUCUUAUUUAUUUGUCUUGAGUUGAUUUUUUUUCCUUUCUUGAAAAAAAAAACCCAGAAAAAAAUACGGCAUUGAAACGUUUCAAGGUGAACCGUG